AUGCUUGACCUGAGAGGAUUUCUGAAGAAGCUUCUCUUUGGUGACAAGUUUAGUCCAAAGAAAGUUCCUCCUCGAAAACCUGCACAUCUGUCCAGCCUGCACCAGCUGGAUCGUUGUACCAGAGAGAUGGAGCUGGGUCUUGAGUUUGGACCUCCCUCGAUGACUAUUGGAGGCCAGAGCUGGAAGUUUGAAGAUGGGCAGUGGCUAGCAGAACCUGGUGGAAAUGCAUCAAACAGGGAAAUGCGGCGGAUGAAGAAAAGAAAUGUCCAGCUGGAGGAGGAGAACAAUCUGCUGAAGCUGAAAACUGAAAUUCUCAUGGACAUGCUGACGGAGACAACAAUGGACUUUCACACGAUGGAAAAAGAAGUGGAUGAUUUAAAGGCUCAACGUCGAAGAAAGAAAUGA